CGACUAAUUUCUCUCUUUGGGGACGCUUUCCCUCUCUCUCACGCAUCAGCAUCAGCAAUUAAGCAGCAGCACGUUCUCCUUCUCCUCCCCCUUUCUAAAACUUGACCUCUCCCCCCACCUCUCCAUUCUCCUUCUUCCCCCUCCCAAACAGGGAAUAUAAGAAAGUCACAUUCCUGUAUAAACAUAUAUAAUUGGGAGACAUAGCGGGUACAAUGCAGGCGGCAAGAACAGUACAAGUAGAGCAAUUAUCAGAUCUAGCGAGAGAGAGAGAAAUUCACGAGUUCUUCUCCUUUUCGGGUGAAAUUGAACACAUUGAGAUCCGCCGUGACCCGCCGCAGUCCAGGAUAGCCUUUGUUACCUUCAAGGACCCAAAAGCGCUCGAAAUCGCUUUAUUAUUAUCUGGAGCAACAAUUGUUGACCGGAUAGUUACAAUAACUCCUGCAGAAAACUAUGUACCACAAUAUGACAUCAGGGAAGUAAGAAUAGUUGAGAAUGCUGUGGACAUGUCUCAGGACAAUACGUCACCUGUUGCUGAGACCAAAAAUAGCUCUCCUAGGAGUGGAAAAGUGUAUGUUAAUAGAGCACAAGAUGUUGUCUCAAGUGUGCUUGCAAAGGGUUCAGCAAUAGGACAGGAUGCUCUAAAUAAGGCCAGGGCAUUUGAUGAGAAACACAAGUUAAGAGCCAAUGCAUCUGCAAGAGUUGCUUCCUUUGACAAGAGAGUUGGGUUAUCCGAAAAAUUCACAGUUGGAAUUUCUGUGGUGAAUGAGAAAGUUAAAUCUGUGGACCAGAGGCUGCAGGUUUCUGAUAAAACAAUGGCAGCAAUAUUGGCAGCAGAGAGAAAACUAAAUAACACAGGAUCAGCUGUCAAGUCAAGCAGGUAUGUUACAGCUGGAACGACUUGGCUGAAUGGUGCCUUCAGCAAAGUAGCAAGGGCGGGGCAAGUUGCUGGUACAAAAACUAGAGAGAAGUGGAACGUUGCACUGUCAAAUUUGACUGCAAAGGACCCUGCUAUUGUUGCGUAAUUCAUCUGCUUGGAGUUGCAAGAAGGGUUGCUGAGUUCUUUUAUGAUUCUUCAUUUGAUGAUGGUAUCUUGAUCUUCAGAAGUAUAUGUGGUCUGAGAUCUAGGAAUACGAACCUGGUGUGCAAUUUGUGCAUUUUUUCAUUGGUAUAUCGUUUGAGUCGAGGUAUUUUGCCAUUAGCAAUGUAAUUCAUCUUAGUUUAUGUGGUACUCUAUUGUGUCAGAUGGUGCCGUCUGAGUUAUGCGUUCAUAAUUCUUCAGCAUCCCAAUUCUUUAUAUUAGAUAUAACGUGCGAGGAAAAUUCGCAUAGCAUUUUUGCACA